UCCUUCUUUCAGCUCGCCACUGCUCCAGGCGCUUGCGCAUGCUUGCGGGGGCGGAAGACGCGGGCUGCAACAUGGGAGAUCCGGAGCCGGAAUCGGAGCAGAUUCGCCUGAAGUGCAUACGGCGGGAUGGUUUCUUCACGGUGCCUCCGGAAGAUAGGCUGGGACAGUGUCGGAGUGUGAAGGAGUUUGAAAAACUGAAUCGGAUCGGGGAAGGCACCUAUGGUAUUGUGUAUCGAGCCCGAGAUACCCAGACGGAUGAAAUUGUGGCCCUGAAGAAGGUUCGGAUGGACAAGGAGAAGGAUGGGAUCCCCAUCAGCAGCCUCCGGGAGAUCACACUGCUCCUUCGGCUUCGUCACCCCAACAUCGUGGAGCUGAAGGAGGUGGUUGUGGGGAACCACCUGGAGAGCAUCUUCCUAGUGAUGGGAUACUGUGAGCAGGACCUGGCCAGCCUCCUGGAGAACAUGCAGACACCCUUUUCAGAGGCUCAGGUGAAGUGCAUCAUUUUGCAAGUCCUCAAGGGCCUUCAGUACCUUCACAAGAACUUCAUCAUCCACAGGGAUUUAAAGGUUUCCAAUUUGCUUAUGACUGACAAGGGCUGUGUUAAGACAGCGGACUUUGGCCUGGCUCGGGCUUACGGCGUUCCCAUGAAGCCGAUGACCCCCAAGGUGGUUACGCUGUGGUACCGAGCUCCCGAACUCCUCUUGGGAACAGCAACCCAGACCACCAGCAUUGACAUGUGGGCCGUGGGCUGCAUCUUGGCCGAGUUGUUGGCUCACAAGCCCCUCCUCCCGGGCAGCUCUGAGAUCCACCAGAUUGACCUGAUCGUGCAGCUGCUGGGGACGCCCAACGAGAACAUCUGGCCGGGCUUUUCCAAGCUGCCCCUCGUCAGCCAGUACAGCCUGAGGAAACAGCCGUACAACAACCUCAAACACAAGUUUCCGUGGCUCUCCGAGGCAGGCUUGCGUCUGCUCAACUUCCUCUUCAUGUACGACCCCAAGAAAAGGGCCACCGCCGGGGACUGCUUGGAAAGCUCCUACUUCAAAGAAAAGCCUCUGCCCUGCGAGCCGGAGCUUAUGCCCACCUUCCCUCACCAUCGGAACAAGCGGGCUGCCACGAGCGCCGCCGCCAACACGGGGGCCGAGAGCCAGGGCAAGCGCAGCAAGCCCUGAGGCGGGAGAUAAAGUGCUCCUCUCCCUGAAGCCCAUGGCAGCCCAGGUUUGAAGUUCUGAAUCGAGAUCCUAUUUCCCCGCAGCUGGUCCCCAGAAGCCAGACUGGACCGGACAGCGGUCUGAGAGCUGGGCCGGCCAGCCAUUGCCGAGCAUUGUCAACUAUGUUAACUUAGGGAGACUUUCUGUGAAGGGCAGCGGGACCCCCAGUCUGUGCCCCUCCCUGAUGACAUCGGAGCUCUCGGAAGCAGCCGUCGGCCUUUGCCGCCACGCCGGCGCGGUCUCAGAUACAUAAAGCUGCCGGGCGCUGGAGCCAGUGUGGCUGGUCCGCAGUUGGGGGCCACCAGCGGCCCCUGGAAUGGGCCGGCUUCUGCUGCGGGCCCCGGGACGUCCACAUUUCCUUAGCUGGGCGCUCCCAGGGGCUUCCGCGGGGUCCUCGGCCGUGACAUUUGGACCGCAGGGCUGGCGCAGGGCAUCCCCCCCGUUCUCCCUCUCCUGCAGGUCACGCCCUCAGUUGGGGCGCUGGGGCAGGCCAUCGUAGUAUGGCUUCCUCUGUCCUUUGCCCUCCUUAGCUUCUCAGUAAGUCGCCCCUUUUUCAGGCGGACCAGGGAGACGGAGGCUGCGCAGUUGGGCGAAGACUGAUUUGUAAGUAGGCUGCUGAGAGGGGCCGGCCGCAUCCCACUGAGACAGCCGCUCAGGUACCUCCGCAGGCGCCUCCCGGACUUCCUCUGGCCUUCUGCCGGCGCUCCGCCUGCGGGAUUUUGGGGCUGGAGAGGAGAGGGUUUCCCCACCUGGAAGACAGACACAAGGUUUGGGGAGGGAGAGGAAGGACGGCUGGAGAGUCCCACGUUCCAGGCUCUGUCUCGCUCUGACCUGCUUCCUUCCCUGGAGAUGGGGUCCAGUAGGGUUCCGUCCUCUGCAGCAUGGACCCCCCCCCCAUCCAGCUGCCUGAUGGGUCAGAGAAAAAGCCGCAAGGACGGGGGCAGGUUGGAUCAGCCCUGAUGCUGAGCCCGCUUCAAGGGGAAGGGAUGGUGCCAGAGGUCCCGAUGUUCGCAAAGAGCUUAAGGCAACAGGGGCCUGGUUGUCUCCUUGGGUGAAUACUUCCCUCCAGAACCCCACGGGGAGGACCUUGCCAGCCUUUCACCAGUAUGACUGAUGGUGGCUAGAGACAGCCUCCCGUCCUAGAGGAGCCGUCCUGGAUGAGGGCACUGGGCAGACCGGGUUGUUCAAAUGCUGCUUUUGGAAAAUGUUUUAAAAAUGUAUCUUUGAAUGCUA